AUGAAGGUGGCAUUUGAGACAUUUUCGGGAAGAAUUUUUAGGAGGUCCACGUCAGCACAUGUCCAUGUUGGCAAUCCGUGUGGGACAUGUGCAUUACACCCUGCUGAAGAUUAUUCUGCUGGAAACUUCUAUGAUGAUGGAAGACAAGCUAUAAAAGAUAUUCUUAGUAGAGGUCAUGUCCCAAUAUUUACUGGAGGAACUGGAUUAUACUUAAGAUGGUUUAUAUAUAGGAAACCAAAUGUCCCAAAGGCAACACCAGAGAUUACUUUAGAAUUGCAACUGUUGAAUCUUUACCUUCCAACGAUUGGUAUCGAUUACAUAAUAAUGAAUCUUUUCGAAAAACCACUGGUAAGAAUAUCCAACUCGUGGCCAACUUUGGGAAUUUACAUGUUAGUAUUGUAUAUGGAGGUGAAGAAAGCCUGCAACUUAUAG